UUUUCAGCAGAGCUGAGUAGGAGCCGCUGAAGCUUCGGCUCUGCUCGACGGGCAUCGGCUCUUCGAGCCGGUGUUCUAACGAAACAUCCUACCCAUCGAAAUGAUCUACUCACUGAUACUACGCAUGCGCAGACCAAAAUUACGCAAUUUUCUCGAAGAAACUGAUCCUGAAGAAAUGGGACAGGCUUCACGUCGUCUGUUCACUGAGAGAAAUGUAAAGGACGUUAAGCUUGUUAUGGACCUAAGUGAAGUGUCUGAUGACAUACUGUUUCUCAUCCUAAUCCAUGUUCCUUUUUGUGAACUGAUCACAAACUGUAGGCUUGUGUGUAAGCGAUGGAAAGACGUUGUGGACAGCCAAGCACUUUGGAGGAUGAAAUAUGAACAGGCGCUAAGCAAGAAACUCCAGAUGCGCCUACCAUCCAACACUGACUGGAAAAAUCUGUUUUUUAAAUUUUUUGUAAGGAACCUUAUCAAGAACCCUUGUGGAGAUGAUUGCUUUGAACACUGGGAUGUCUUUCAUGUCGGUGAUGGUUGGGUGGUUGAACAUAAUCCCAUUGCACUGAAGAACAUUACAUCAUUUAACUACCGUGUAGCCUCAUUUUGCUGGAGCAAGAAGACGCAGUGCAUCGACUUGCUCAAAGAAGGAUUUGAAGAGAAUUUCCUUGAUGACUUUCAACCCAACAUCCUAAUUAGUGACUGGUAUGGUUCCAUUAAUGAUUGUGGAGCCAAAUACAAAAUUGAAGUUCACCUUUUAAAUUCCCAAAAGGAGCCAUUGAUGUCUUUUAAAAAGGAAUACCCAGAGAUUCCACAGUGGAAUAACUGCUCCUAUAAUAAGGUCCAACAUGUUUUCUGCAACUAUGGGCCAGGUGUGCGCUUUGUUGUCUUCUCCCAUCAAAGAACAGACGAUAACUUUUGGGCAGAGCACAAUGGAGUGCGGAUGGCCAACAGUACUGUUAAGGUUAUUCCUGAUAAUUGUUGA